AUGCAUAUAACUGAUUACUUAAGUGGUUACAUUCUUGAUGGAUUUAUGGUUGAAAGCUUAUAUCUAAAUGCAUGUAUUAUCGUUAAAAACACUUUUGUCGAUAUUGUCUAUUUGCAUGCAAUCUGUUAG